CUAGCUGGUUUGCCUCUCGCAGGAGCGGCUGGCACUUCUUCCCCCCUCUACCCCCUUCCGCCAGCCUCGAGGUUCCUGAGCUGGCCCAGGCCGAGUCAGUGUCAGUCAGGGAGGCGGACUGCUGAGCAGUGGGUGCGAACACUGCGUGGCAGUCUCGCCCAGGAGCCGGUGCCUGCGCUCGCGCCGCCGGGUGGGAAGGAUGAAGCCGCAGCUGGAGCAGCCACCCUAUGAUUGGCUGGGGCACUUGUGAACCCGAAGUAAAGAUGGCGGGCGGGCAGGCAGCCGCCGCACUGCCCACUUGGAAGAUGGCGGCGCGCCGCAGCCUCAGCGCUCGCGGCCGGGGGGUCCUGCAGGCGGCGGCUGGACGGCUGUUGCCGCUGCUUCUGCUGAGCUGCUGCUGCGGCGCGGGCGGCUGCGCAGCGGCGGGCGAGAACGAGGAGACUGUGAUCAUCGGGUUGCGGCUGGAGGACACGAACGACGUGUCGUUCAUGGAAGGGGGGGCGCUGCGGGUGAGCGAGCGGACCCGGGUCAAGCUGCGGGUGUACGGGCAGAACAUCAACAACGAGACAUGGUCCCGCAUUGCUUUCACAGAGCAUGAGCGGCGGCGCCACAGCCCGGGCGAGCGCGGGCUGGGGGGCCCUGCGCCGCCGGAGCCGGACAGCGGCCCCCAGCGCUGCGGCAUCCGCACAUCAGAUAUCAUCAUCUUGCCCCAUAUCAUUCUCAAUCGCCGUACAUCAGGCAUCAUUGAGAUCGAGAUCAAACCGCUGCGCAAGAUGGAGAAGAGCAAGUCCUAUUACCUGUGCACGUCGCUCUCCACGCCAGCCCUGGGCGCCGGCGGCCCGGGGUCUGCGGGUGGCGCCGUCGGGGGCAAGGGCGGCUCCGGGGUGGCCGGGCUCCCGCCGCCCCCGUGGGCCGAGACCACCUGGAUUUAUCACGACGGCGAGGACACCAAGAUGAUCGUGGGGGAGGAGAAGAAGUUCCUGCUGCCUUUCUGGCUGCAGGUGAUCUUCAUUUCGCUGCUUCUGUGCCUAUCGGGCAUGUUCAGCGGCCUCAACCUGGGACUCAUGGCCCUGGACCCGAUGGAGCUGCGCAUCGUGCAGAACUGCGGCACGGAGAAGGAGAAGAAUUACGCCAAGCGCAUCGAGCCCGUGCGCAGGCAGGGCAACUACCUGCUGUGCUCGCUGCUGCUGGGCAACGUGCUGGUCAACACCACGCUCACCAUCCUGCUCGACGACAUAGCUGGCUCAGGCCUCGUGGCGGUGGUGGUCUCCACCAUCGGCAUCGUCAUCUUCGGGGAGAUCGUGCCCCAGGCCAUCUGCUCCCGGCACGGCCUGGCUGUGGGGGCCAACACCAUCUUCCUCACCAAGUUUUUCAUGAUGAUGACCUUCCCCGCCUCUUACCCCGUAAGCAAGCUGCUGGACUGCGUCCUGGGCCAGGAGAUAGGCACCGUCUAUAACCGGGAAAAACUGCUGGAGAUGCUCCGGGUCACAGACCCCUACAACGACCUCGUAAAGGAGGAGCUGAACAUCAUCCAAGGGGCGCUGGAGCUCCGCACGAAGACCGUGGAGGACGUGAUGACUCCCCUCCGGGACUGUUUCAUGAUCACCGGCGAAGCCAUUCUGGACUUCAACACCAUGUCGGAGAUCAUGGAGAGCGGCUACACUCGGAUUCCAGUAUUUGAGGGGGAGCGCUCCAACAUCGUGGACCUCCUCUUUGUCAAAGACUUGGCCUUCGUGGAUCCAGAUGACUGUACUCCCCUGAAAACCAUCACUAAAUUUUAUAACCACCCCUUGCACUUUGUUUUCAAUGACACCAAGUUGGACGCUAUGCUGGAAGAAUUUAAGAAAGGUAAAUCUCACCUGGCUAUUGUGCAGCGAGUAAACAAUGAGGGAGAGGGGGAUCCAUUUUAUGAAGUUCUGGGAAUUGUCACAUUAGAGGAUGUGAUUGAAGAAAUCAUCAAAUCUGAGAUUCUAGAUGAAACAGAUUUAUACACUGAUAACAGAACGAAAAAGAAAGUGGCCCAUCGAGAGAGAAAGCAAGAUUUUUCUGCCUUUAAGCAGACAGACAGCGAGAUGAAGGUUAAAAUAUCACCACAGCUUCUCCUGGCCAUGCACCGUUUCCUAGCAACAGAAGUAGAAGCAUUUAGCCCAUCCCAGAUGUCAGAGAAGAUCCUUCUAAGGCUGCUAAAGCACCCCAAUGUCAUCCAGGAACUGAAGUAUGAUGAGAAGAACAAGAAAGCCCCAGAAUACUACCUCUACCAGCGAAACAAACCUGUAGACUACUUCGUUCUCAUUUUGCAGGGGAAAGUGGAAGUAGAAGCUGGGAAAGAAGGUAUGAAGUUUGAAGCCAGUGCUUUUUCAUACUAUGGUGUAAUGGCCCUUACGGCCUCCCCAGGUAAAUGGAAUUAUACAGGACAUAUUGCAUUGAGUCUGGCGGCUUUUACCCAGUGUUGUCCUGGGCACACUCAUCUGUACUGCUGUGUGAGCUUAUACUCUGUUUCUUCUCAUUGCUGUACGGUGUUCCAUGUUCCUUUGUCCCUGUCUCGUACCUUUGUUGUCAGCAGAACAGAGUUGUUAGCAGCAGGUUCUCCAGGUGAAAACAAGUCACCUCCUCGCCCAUGCGGCUUGAAUCACUCGGACUCUCUCAGUCGCAGUGACCGGAUCGAUGCGAUAACGCCGACGUUGGGAAGCAGCAACAAUCAGCUCAGCUCUUCAUUCCUCCAAGUCUACAUCCCCGACUACUCGGUGCGAGCCCUCUCCGAUCUCCAGUUUGUUAAGAUCUCAAGACAGCAAUACCAAAAUGCCUUGAUGGCAUCCCGGAUGGACAAAACUCCUCAGUCUUCAGACAGUGAAAACACUAAAAUUGAAUUGACUCUUACGGAGCUGCAUGACGGGUUGCCAGACGAGACGGCCAACCUGCUCAAUGAACAGAACUGUGUGACGCACAGCAAGGCCAACCACAGCCUGCACAGCGAAGGCGCCAUCUAGAGCACCGGCCUCGGCCUCCGUGUCUGACCGUGAAUCCCAUUAGUGUGCGCUUGUGUGCCAUGCUGGAUCCUGCACCAUCCUGAGACCAAAGACUUUGUCCCCUUCCUGGAAGCAGCAGAGGAGGCCGGGGAGGGCAGGAAUGGAAACUGGAGACAUGAAAUCGACAGCCAGGGCGUGGCAUUCGAGAUUAUGGAGAUGAAUUUCUUGCGCCCAAAUAGAAUCAUGUUUAUUUUUUCAGCUGUACCUUUUAUCAUUAUCCACUCUCCUCCUCCCUCGAUUUGCAUGAAGUUGGAAAUUGUUGCGAUUUAUUUUUUUCCGAGAGAUCAUGUUUUUAAAAAGUGUCUUUUGCAGAGUUUUAAAUUGUUCUGUCUGAACUCUGCUGUGACCCCAUGAUGUAACCUUAGAAGGAUGGACUUGUCCCUCCAGUGGCCUUCCUUGGCCCCCGCCCCAGGGAGGGGCACCCUUCCUCUGUGCCCCAGUGGGUGUCGCUGUCGAAGUUCAAGGAUGAAUGACACAGACCUGCCCAGGCUGUUGGCCCUGCAGGGUGGAGCCUGCGCAGGGACCCGCAGCCUCUCUGAGCUCAGUGUUGUUUUAAGUUAAUGUUUAACGGUGUCCCUUUCCCUCAGAAAGGUUUAACGUUUGCUUGGAAUGUGAUUUUGCUCCCACUCUAAGGAAUUUUUAUCACCAAAAUGAAUGUUAAUGGAUUUUAAACCUAUGGUUUAUCUUUGCAAGAGGCGAGGUGGCUUCACCCCGACAUUCCCACAGCCUGGGGCCUCCAGCUCAGCCAGGCCUCUUCCGCCCCAGCUUACAGAGCGCCGUCACCCACCGCCCCGUCCUUGCUCUCGUUAACCCACGAUGCUGCUACACAGAUGCCAAAUGGAAAUCUUCCACAGGGCCCUCGAGUAAACUCGUGGUGUGGAGUCCACGCUCCUGCCCUUCCCGCUGGGAUGUAUGUCAUUGUCAGAAAAGGAGUCGGACCUUCCAGCUGUGCUCUGUGCGCCCUGCCGAGAAGGCACGUCUAGGCCCAUGUGUCUAAAGGGGGGAACACUGGGGACUGCCGGCACCUGCCCCCUUCCCCUCUGUCCCUGGGCCCGCGGGGCCCAGCAGUGGCUGUGUCCCCGCCUGAGGACCUCUGUGUCCCCCGCCUCAGACGUGGCCCACGCCAGAGAGGCUGCCCGUACAACCAGGGUCAGUUUGGCCCCUAACAGGGAUUCAGAAACCAAAUGUGUGUUGUGGCCAUUUCAUGUGUGUGUCUGUCUUACUUUACUAUCAAAUUCAUCACGUGUAGUGAAAUUAAUGUCAGGAGGUAUUUCUUGAGUGACUGAACUCCUAACUCUUUUAUCUGUGUUUUAAGUGUUAACCCAAGGGACAUGUGCAUUUUGUCGGCAACAUUCGUACACUGAAAUGACUUCCUACUGACCACAGUUUUCAUGUAGACCUGUCAGUCCUCGCUGCGUCCAGUCACUAGGCGAGAAGAUAGCAUCUUCUCCACUGGGUCUCACUGCACGAAGGGAAGCCCCGGGGCUAAGCGGCAGUUUCUUCUCCUUCCUCCAGGUAGGACUGUGCACCCCAGGCUGCGCGCUGGCGGGUGGGAGCUGCGGUUGGGAAAGAACCAGCAACACGCUGGGCUUGCCUCCCGGUGAGCAGCUCGGUGGCUCCAGUGUCAUGUGCGCACCUGGCGCAGUGUUUCCCUUGGGAUGUUGGUCCUGGAGCAUCUUCCUCAGAAGGUGCCGUGCCCCUUAGUGAGGGAAGUACUGGUCUCACCUGGUAGAAGUCACUGGGUGCCCCCUCAAGGGGCUGAGUGGCCUGCUGCUGGCACGCAAAUUAGAGCACCGUGGGAUGGUGCUCCCACCGCGGAGCUUGACGUUAGUGGAACCCUGUACUAUGAGUAUUUGCUUUUAUAAACAAACCCAUCCGAGUGUAAAGGUCUCACUUUCUUAAGAUGCGUCUGGCUGAGCACAGCGUCAGUAUGACAUGACACGGGAACUGGGAUUAUCUGUAGGGGGCGCAGAAAUGAGAGAGAGUUCCCUGUAACAGAGUGAAACUCGGGCCUUGCUGGGGGAGGAGGCCUCUGCCCCAGCCAGCACGCCACGCUCUGGGCCGGGACAGCAGUGCCAUCCCUGUGGUCUGGUGCAGCUGGGCUGCUGAGCCGUGGUUCCUCUGGCCUCCUGGAUCUUCGCCCGUCAGCUUCCCCUGGCCUAUCUGCUUUGAAUCUGCCUCUCCACACGCAGUCCGUCUCCAGGCGCCUUGCUACUGGAAGGAGCCUCUGGAAUCACAGUUACUGUGCUGGAUCUUUUUUGGAGCCCCACUGCUGCUCUGUGAAUCCUAAAGCCCUUUUGAGAGGAUUCCAGCUGCUGGCUUCUUGACUUCAGGGAGAAAUGGCUAACGUUUCCAUACUGUCUUACCUGCUCAUUGUGUGGCUUUUUGAAAAGUCCUCUCUAUAAUGGAGCUGGCACAGGGGGGCUUUGCAGUAGGGCUCCUGGAGGACGAAAUUUUAGCCUCCCAAGUUCGUAUUUAUUUUCUAUAAACUAUUCUUUACCUUUGAUUUUCCACACUGUUUUAUAACAACAGGGAAUCCCAAAUAAGUCCUGUCUGGUCCCUGAAGGAAUGAAGGCUAACAUUUGGCUACAGUUAUAUCUGCUUUGGGCGAGGCUCAAGGCCCUUCAGAUGGUAACACUCAGUAUCUGAGCGACAGAUUCCUCUUUCAGGCCCCCCACUUUCCUUCGGGAGACAGACUACAGGCUGUUGAAGGAGAAAUGCUGGCUCAUGGCUUCUGUGGGACAGCAGGAGAAUGAUUUGGGGAAGGUCUAUGCAGUUCAUGUCUACAAAGUAAAUGGGAGCAAGGCAGAGAAAGACCAUCAAAUGGUUGAGAUCUUGAUGUGCAGCGGCCAGUCCUUAGCACUACUGGUGGGUCGUCCUCUCCUAGGGCUGCUGGCUUCGUAAGUGUGGAUGGGGAGCGGGCUGUGGAGCAGACACAGGGCCUGGGGUCCUGAAUUCUGUAGGAGCCCCAGUGUCAGGCCAGGGCCUCGCUCUCCUUUUCAGUGGCCCCUGCUGCAAGCCCUGGCUCUGAGGGACCAGGCAGGGCCGCCUCCUCUCCUAAGCAGCCACUCUGGCAUCCCGAAGCUUCCUCCUGGAACUGGAUUCCUAGUAUCCAAGUGUUCCUGGGACAAUCUGCUUUCUCUUCAUACAUGAGGGAGACUUUCUUCCUACUGCUUUAGAGGUUCCCUCCCUUUAAUUCUGUUUCACAUGCAUCAGGCAAGUCUAAAAUCGUAUGUUUAAACUCUUAGGAAAACAGAACCUUAAGAUUUGUGCAUGGAAACUGAGAUGUUAAUCAACUAGCUUAAGCCUUGGUUCUUACCUAAUUUGAAUGUGAAAGGGCACCCCGUGUAACUCUUUUUUCUCCUCCUUCCUCACCUCACUUCUGGAAGAGAGCUCAGUGCCCAUGCUGACAGUGUUGUCUUCCCCAAGUGGGAGGAGUAGGGCAUCUUGCCAUUUUCUAAUACUUCAAGGAGCUUUUGUGCAAAUGUUGAAUGCAAAACUUCACACUAAUAUGGAACAUUAACUGUGAAUAUAUUUACUUGUGCUAUCCCCAGUACCAACACAACUAAAGGUCCAGCUUUUCCAAGUCUAGGAAAAUAGUGCUAGAUACAAGUAGAAUUGCACUUCCCUUAGGAAAUGAAGCAAUGGGAAUUUGGGCUUAGCAGGGACCAUGAACUUCUGUCCUCAAGUUACCUCAGGUUGAGGAGCAGACCUAAGUGGGCCCUGGCCAACUGAACCUGUGUCCUGGCUGGUCAAAAACAAAAGCAAAACCCAACCCUGUCAUCUUCUGAAAAAACAGCCAGGGAUCUGACCAUCUUUGCCUUUCCUGGGCCAGGAGACCAGGAUUCCUCCAGUGUUCCCCAGGGCCCGGCCCAGGCAGAGGACUCACCUGGGCUGGCACAGGAAGGUGCUCACCUUGUUCCCUGGGAUUCUAAGCAGGAGGCCACCAGGGGAGGUUGGCUUGUGCAUGUCACAUGACACAAGCUCCUUACUAGCACGAGAGCAGGAACUGUUCCCCUCUCAGCUUUGAUCCCGGAGGCGGUUUUUCUUGCAGAGCGUUGAAGACUGCGAGGCUGAGCUGGCAGUUCCGGGAGUGGAGGCGCCUGAGGCACCAGUGCUCACUCUCUUCCUUGAGGACACAGGCUCUUGUCCUGGGUCAGGUGUGGUUCUGUUCCGGCCUCGGGACUAGCGGUGCUUCUGUCCAGCGAGGGCAUCUUGGUGGGUUGCAGGUUAGCCCAGAAUUAGGAGGGAUUUAGAGAGUUCAAUAUGGAAGUGAUACGGGGACUCAGAAACUUUUCCCACGUAAAUGGAUCAGCGAGCAACCUACUCAGUGGAUUUUUAUACCUCAGGGCCAUUUGCAAAUUUUUAUCUUUCCACGUUUCUUUUGUAUUUGCGUGGGCUGACAGGAGAGAUGAGUUCGGAGGAUUCUAGGAUGAUGUUCAUUUGCCUCGUUUUGCGGAUGUGCGGGCCACCCGCACCAAGCUUACUCAAGGCUAUGGCAGUGGGCCUUCCUCCUCCAGCACGUGCGGGCACCCUUCCUGCAGGGAGUGCGUACAUGCUGCUUUUCCUUCUGCCCUGCCUGAAGACGCCAGAGCCCCUGGUCAGCCCUAAGAACAGGAGGAAGAUGGCAGUUCACAGCAGCUGCAGAGCUUGGAGCAGCUUUCCUCCCACUGUCUUGGGCUGGGGACCUUCUUUGCUUUUCAGACCUUUGUGGUUGGCUCGGCUCAAGUAAGCUUUCUCACUGUACAGGCUAGAGCCACUGAUAUCAUCUCAGAACUGUUUUAAGUAUCAGCCUGUACUUGAAGCAACAGGGAAACAAAGGUUCUAAGUGGCCAGAGAGUAAAGUUCUAGGAGUUUGUAUGCCGAGGUUUAUAUGUACACAGAUCCAACACAUACUGUAAGACUUGAGUGAGUGCACAUUUUCAAGUUUCCAUACCCACUGGGUAUUAAACAUAAACGAAUUGGAAGAAUGACUGGGAGUAUUGUUUUGCCUCACUUGGCAGGGUAUCUUCCAGCAUUUGCCGACAUCUGACCACCAUGGAUUCACUCGAGAAGUGAUUUCUUUUGGGGCCAGCUUCCUCUUCAGACUCACCCUGGAGAGAACUAUCAAAUGGACCUGGUGGGCCUUGAGUGCCUGCCCUUUUUGUUGGAGGCCCAGGCCCCUUGGAUAUAAACAGCUGGUUUCAGGCUCCCAGAGCAGAAGGGAGAGGGAGAAAAGUAAGGCCUCAGGACUCUUGUUCCCCAGAGAGCCCCAGCCUCGCUCCUGAUUCAUUACUCCCCGUGUCUAAAGUCUACUGUGAAGGUGGAGUGUGUCAGUCCGUUGACUUGUUUCUGGAGUCCUUUUAAGUCCACAAAUGUAUAUGCUUUAUUUUAUAUUAUUAUUUAUUAUGUACAUAUGCCUCUACUGUUAGUACAUCGUCUAUGACCAAGAUGAGAUCUGUUCUGGAGCCCCUCAUCCAUGGAGCCUAGGGUUCUGUUGUCUUUUAAAGUGGGUGAGAAGGAGCGGUUUUGCUUUUGUCUUGAACAGGUUGCUGCUCUUACGUUGGUCCUAGUGUCCUGGCCCCUUUUAUUGGGCCCACCUCUAUUCCUGAUGGCAGGUGUUUGAGAUGAGGAUGGAGGCAGGUCUUUACUUCAUGGCAGGGCCUCUCAAGUACCUCCGUGAAAUACUUUAGAGGUGGUUUCCUGGUGACUGGGUCUAUUCUCUGGGUAAUGGUACAGCGUGGCUGUGAGGCCAGAACCUCCUUCCUCACUCCCACACUCCCAAGCCAGGUUGGUGGCCUGGUCCCACAACAGUGAUGGUCUCUAAUUCCCACCUUGGAUUGCAGAAUCCACCUCUCUGGACCAUGGAAGCUGCCUGCCCACCUGGGCUUCUAAUAUGCCUUUUCUUGGUUUUGAGGCCCAAUGCCAACACUGCCUUGGCGCCUCAAAUAAGACCCUGCUUUGAGUCUGAUUUCCAUCCUCCUUAGCCUUUACUGACUGUAUCAUAGUGUACAUUUCAUGCUUUGUAGCACUGAAGUUUUCUGAACACAGUAUCCAGAGCUGUGUAUAUAAACCUAAAUAAGCACAAAUGACAUGUAUAGGUUUCAUGAGCUGAUUGUCAUAAUGA